AUGGCUCUCAGCUUCUUGAGUGGUGGCGGAAGUGCCAGUAACGCCAAGUACUUCGACAUUCGACUAAACGAUGAGUACAUCGUAUUUCGCGGCAACGAACAUGAGGCUGCCAGCGCCCACUUGAAGGGUACGGUCUUGCUCUGCCUGUCCGAGCCCCUCGCUAUCAAGCACAUUCGCCUACAGUUGACAGGCAUGUCGCGCGUCUGCUGGCACCUUCCAUCUAGUUCAUCCGCCGGUGGUCGCAAGUCCUGGCGCGAGCGAGUCUUCUACGACCAGACAUGGCGAUUCCGUGAGCCCGCCAAGGGCAAGACGGAGGUCUUGGCGGCUGGCAAUUAUGAGUACCCUUUCGACGUCGUUUUGGAAGGCUCCAUGCCUGAGAGCGUGGAGGGUUUGUCCGAGACCUGGGUGAUGUACAGAUUCAAGGCCGAGAUCGGACGGAAGUACGCCAAGGAUAUCGUCGCUCGGAAGCCUCUGCGCAUCAUCCGAACCCUUGAUCCUAGCGCAUUGGAGCUCGCACAUGCGAUGUCGGUGGACAACAUUUGGCCGAAUAAGAUCGAGUACUCCAUCAGCACCCCCACGAAGGCAGUCAUGUUCGGCACUGCCAUUCGCGUUGAUUUCAAACUAGUCCCGCUUCUCAAGGGUCUGCGCAUAGGACAGACUACGUCACAGCUCAUCGAAAGCCACGAUUUGACCCUUAACCCGGAAGAUCCCGACUCCAUUCGGAACACCUACAAGAUUACCCGGACGAUCUUAACCGACGAGCACGAGGUCGAUGAGGAUAACGUCGAGAUUAUCGAUGAGGCGGCCGAAGGAUACCAUUUCACGCGCUAUCUCGACAUGCCGCAAACCCUGACUCGCUGCCUCCAGGACGUGGACACCAAAGGCAUUAAAAUCCGCCACAAGCUGAAGUUCCGCAUUCAACUCCACAACCCCGACGGCCACAUCAGUGAGCUCCGCGCGACGCUUCCAGUCUCGGUCUUUAUCUCCCCGAACAUUGCCAUUGACGAGAACAACAAUCUCCGUGAGCAAACACAGCAGACGAAUCGUCGGACUGCCGAUGAGUUUGCCACCAACCAGGCACCUCCCCUCUAUGGAGAGCAUACCGUCGACCAGCUAUAUAGCGAGGUCGACCCCGAAUGGUUACCGCACUCCGGGACCGAGCAGUGGCGGACCCGUCGUUUGAACAGUCUCAGCGCAAACCGUCUCCAGCCGGCCACACUUGGGGAGAUACCCAACUCUCCCCCAGAAAACCACGCCAACUCGCGUGGAUUGAAUGUCCACUUCGGUGACUACUUUGGGCCGUCCUCCGGGUCAGGCACACACAGUCCCGCCAGUCCAGAGCUCUCCCGCAGACCUUCUGACGACGGGACCCAUUCCCGAUCCAAUCGGGCAUGA